CCCGCUAGUUCGGCUCGAGUCCAGUAAGCAGUGGCCACGCCUGAUGGCGGGAUGAAAGAGAAAGGUCGCCACACUGCGGCGACAAGGCUUUAUCGGCACCUACCCGCCACCAUCCAUCGCUCGCCAGCAGAGGGCUAGCGACCCGUCACGACAGUCCACCAGCAUGUCCUGGGAAUCCAUCGCAUCGCGGGAAUAUCUCAGUGGCACAGCUAGCCAUCAGCUGUCGGCGACGGCGUUGCUGCCCUCUCCUGAUGGAUCCCGGCACCCUUUGGAUGUGUAUGAUUUCGCCGAAGACGAUUUGCCUGACAGUCCAGGUCGGCGAAGCAGCUCCAGAGGGCUCUGGGAGUGUCUCAUCGGGUGCAGGCACAAAGUAGAUCAACAGCUGGCGAGGAGGAGGGUGGAACAGGGUCUGCGACUCUACAAUCAACAUAAGCAACAGGCAGCGGUUCGGAAGUGGCGAAGCGCGCUGAAGAGGAUCCGGAAACGAGACGACAAAUUCGCACUCCUGGGCUAUCUGUACCAAGCGUACAUGGACUGGGGCAAGUAUAGGGAAGCGCUUGAGUUCGCGCAUCGGCAGCUAGGUCUUGCCGAAGAGGCCGACAGCCCGAACCUGCGCGCAGAGGCGUAUUUAAACCUGGCGAGGGCACAUGAACGCUUGGGUGGUCUAGAGCGUGCGCUCGCAUACGCUCGUCAUUCCUUGUACAACGAGUGUGACCAGUGCCGGACUGCAGGUCACGUGCAUCUAACCGUCGGGAGUGUCUACCUAGAGUUGGCCGGCUUCUGUAAAGCGCUGGAGGCCUUCCAACACGCCCACAAGAUUGCUCAAGGAAUUCAGGACCCAGCCCUGGAACUUCAGGUAUACGUGGGGCUGUCCGAGCUAUUUGGAAGGCUACAAGACGCUGACAAGAGCGCUCGCUAUGCAGCAAAAGCCUAUGACUUGUCAAGGAGUUUGCAGCUGGGCGAUCUGAACUCUCGCCACCACCGAGCCGCUCUGCUGCAAAUGGCAUCAGCUCUACGGAAACAGGGAGAACUGGGAGAUGCACAGGACUAUUGUAGCGAAGCGACACGAUUAGCAUUGGUGUCAGGGGACCAGGCCACAUAUGCCAGAAGUAUCCGAAUCAUGGGUGAUAUUUACAGGAAAAAAUCUGAAAUAAAUAAAGCUUAUCGGCAGUAUGAGAGCGCAGGAAUGGGUGAUAGAUUAUGUCAGAUGGAGGCCAUGGAUGGGGUUGCGAGGUGUCUGGAGGCACUCAGACUGCAACAGAAGAUAUGUAACUGCCGCCCUCUGGAAUUCAACACUAGACUUCUAGAAGUUGCUACUUCUGUAGGUGCUAAGCUGCUAGUGAGAACAGUGCGAGUCCGUCUGAGCCGUAUCUACCAGAGUCUUGGUGAUGAGGAGCAACAGGCAGUGCAUGAACGAUUGGCACAGUGUCUAGAGGAGGAGUUGGAACUACAAUGUGGUGCCUGCAACUUGCCAUUUGGACUGGAUUCUGACAGUUUAGAGGCACUACCAUGUUCACACAUACUUCAUGCCAGAUGCGCUCAUGAUAUUCUGAAACGCCGAGACAAAAAGAAGAAACGCCUUUGUCCAGAUUGUCACCGUUCAGUAAGCUCUCGGCUGUACCUCUACUGUGAUGACCCCCACAACAUGAACCAGCAUCGCUCCACUUUCAGCCUUGCAAGCCUAAGUCUCAGAGCAAGUAGCCUGACACUCAACAGUCAUCAAGCGACCUCAUCUGUUUAGAGUUGGAACCACUGCCAAUAUCAUGACAAUUUCAGUUACAGAACUGGUAAGCAGCUGAUAGGUGAAUAACAUUUAAUGAAGUGGUGCCAAAAUUAAGGGAUGCUGAAAAUUUUGUCUGUUAAAAAACUAGCCAUUCUAUGUGGUGGAUACAUUUACAGUUAAGAGAUAAGAAGGUCUGGUUCAUAAAAUUCAGUCUAGAGGAAGGCAGAAAACAAUUAAAUCAUGAUAUCUGUGGACACAAAGCCCUACAUUUUAACAACAUGCUCAUUCUAUAUAGUACUGUGUCUCUUGUUAUGUUUUAUGAAAAUUUAUGAACAUUAUUAAAUAGUUUCCUAACGUCUCACAAUCCCAAAGUGCAGAUAAGUGUGAUAAGCUGUGAAAUUCAUUUCUGUAAAAAAAUUAUAGACAUAUGACAUGACUCUUGUAUAUGAUUCUUGUAACACAGACAAAUAAUUCUCAGUUUUAAAUUUAAACCAAAGGCACUGGAAGUGUUUCAAAUAUAAAUGGUUAACAUCACUAUUAACAUUGGAAUAUAUGUAGAAAUUGGAUUAUAUGUAUACGGAAAAACUGUUAGAAACAGAACUUACUUUCUGUACCACAUUCUCCCCCUCCCAUUAUAAGUAACCCCAGUCCCUGAUAUUAAUAACUAAAGCCCAUUGAACAACCAUUUUCAUGUACAACUUUAUACAAAGGAGAACAUAAGACAGUGAUUGCUAUUUAUGCUCCUAAGAAGGAAGGGUGGAGACUGAAACUUCUUUAUUUGCCACAUUUAUGUUGGAAAUACUGCAUUACACCCAAUGCAUGACAGAAAGCAAAGAUAAUAUCUUUGCUUAAAAAGGAGAAAAUGAACAGCUGUGAGAACUACCAGGGCAUUGGUUCACUAGCCACUACUUAUAAAAUCUAUGCAAAAAUAUUAAACAAGAGGCUUGUGAAUAUUUCAGAUUCCUAAUAUCGGAAGAAGAGAAUGGUUUUCGAAGGGAAUGAUCUUGUACAGAUUAUAUUUGUACCAUUCAACAAAUCAUAGAAAAAUGUAGGGAAUUUAAUCUUGAGACAAAUAUUGUUUUUAUUUACUAUGAAAAGGCUUUUGCCAGAGUAAAUCUUGCAACACUGGCAACUUAUGGAGAGAAAAGACUACCCACAACAUUUAAUAAGUGCCAUUAGUUCUCUACACCAAAACACUACAAUCAUUUUAGAUAUGGAAGGAAGAUAUUAAAAUCACCCAGGGAGUGCGCUAGGGAUGUAGUCUGUCUCCAACCUUAUUCAACAUCUACUUAGACGAUGUCAUCUGAGAAUGGAGGGCGAGAAGUAACCCAGGGAUACGGUUAAAGGAAACGGUUGCCCUGAAUACACUGCUGUUUGCAGAUGAUCAAAUUAUAUUUCAAGAAAGCAAAGAUCUUUAUUUCACUUAAAUAAGUAAAGGAAGAUAUAUUUCUUAUAAAUAUAUGCAUUUGACUAUAAUUUGUAAUGAACAAAUACAUGAAAUUCAAGGUAUUUUGAACUAAAACUCACCAACAUAAUCUAAAAACCUUAGACAACAAAGACAAAACUGGUUUUUUGAAGGAUGAAUGGAAGGUAGGCAGUUUUUUGUUAAAAACACAGAGAGGCAUUCCCUUAUUAACAGCAUUAUUGCUGCCUGUUCAUAAAGCAAGACACUGGCUACUGAGUGACUCCUCUUGGAUAACAUGACAAAAUGCUACCACAUGAUCAAAUUGGAAGUUCAAUCCAUGCAUCCAAGUACAUUUCAUAUUGACAGAAUAAAAUUUCUGGCACUUGAAAUAUCACUUACAGUGAUUUCCUGUAGAUAAAUCACAUGCAUUCACAUUCGGAGAACAGAGGGUGUGAUUUAUGGGUGAACACAAACAGGCUGCUGCCAUGGUAAGAAGUAAUUAAUUUUCAUGGAUCAUUGCACAUUUGUUCUUUUGACCAGUUGGCUGGGAGCUGUGUCAUUUGUGGCUGUGAAUAUUCAUGCAACAAAUUUUAGUUUAAAUAUGUUUACAUAAGAAACUCUAUCAGCUAAAUAAUCUAUUGAUUCUUCAUUCAUUUAUGACACACAAUAUGACUUCCUCAAGAAAAAGCAGUAUUUAUCAAGAAAGUCACAAAAACUACCAUAAAAGUGCAUAUUGCCUCAUAAUUACUAAGCCUUUAUAGUAACAAUUGUUUUAAUUCCGCUCACUUACUCUUUAUCUGGUACAGAAUUUUCCCUGAAAAACUAUUAGCUAUUAAGAACUUCCAAGACAUAAUGGAAAGAAAAGGUUUACCUCCAACACCACAAAAGCCAUAUUUGCUCUGGGGCCUUCCCAUCUAAUGAAUCUACUGGUUCUCUCUCAUGAGAUAAUACAGCUGAAGCAUGAACCUAACUACUCAUCUACAUCUACCCUGAGUCUAGAAAACACACAACUUUAUGGCCAGGCCCUCUGUAAAUCUUAUGGCAAGGUACUUAUUCACUGGGGUACUUACUUUUAACACAUUUUCAGUCUUCAAAAUUGUGUUAUAUUAAAUUAACUGUAUACAUUAAUGAAUUUUUUUUCCCCUCGCCACAGAUGACAAACACUUUUGAAAAGAAUAUGUCCAACUGAUCUGAUAUCCCAUAAACCAUUGUUUCCAUCUUUUUAACCCCUGCAUUUUCCCAUCCCAUGAGCAGAGAAAUCUGACAGUGAAGAGUACAGAACUGACAGAGGGGGAAAUCUAGUAAGUUUAAAAGUGUGGCUAAACUAGUAAAUUCCAUGUUUUUCACUGUAUUUCAUAAGAAAGGCUACAGGAGCACUUCCAGUGCAUUUUAACAGAAAAAAGAAGAGCAAAUAUUAAAGACUAUCAAAUGCACUCUGAUGGAUAGAGAAUCUUUCAAAUAUGGUCAGCUAGAUAAUGCUGAAGCAAUGAUUCUAAUGUUUAAUUUCAAAAUUUUGUUGUCCAUAUAAUUUAACAUGUUGCUGUUCUGGACAUGCAUUAUUAAAAUAAAAUUGGCAUUGCAAGUGAUGGCAAGGUAUUCUCAAACAUUAAUGCUUCCUUAAUUGAAACCUGUUAAAUUAUAGUUUAUGUUUAAAGCAAAUGAAUGGUAACUCUGUUAGGGGAACAAGUGCAAAUAUGUAAGAGGAAAUUCAGAUUCAGUGUUAUGAUGGUACAAAUGUGAUUUAUGUAAGAGAAUGCUCUUUUGAAUGUUAAAACUACACCAAGCCUCUUGUAUAUGAGGCAACUGUAAUCAAAUAUUCUUAGGCUAUAAGCUGUGUCAGUUGGUUAAAAGUCACUGAUAUUUCAACAAACAUUUCUGUCUUCAUUAUCAGUGCUGUAAUGUAGCUGUAUGUCCAGACCACUUUACAUAUGUACUUUCAAGAACCUUUUCUCAAAUUUGAGCAUGAGCCAGUGUGAGGCUAGUGGGCAGAGUCUAGUGCUUGCUUAUCCUGGCCUUAAUUUCACAUUGGCAUAUUUCUGUAUUGCCUGAGCAUAUUGGUCACCAGGUUCCAAGAUUGGCUGAAAGGAGCCACCAUCUCUGUUAAAGUUUUUGGGGUCAAGUCUGAUCUCAUCAGUUUUAUCACACAAUCCAUUUAAUCUGUGGCUUUAUCCAAGAUAGAGGUGGUACUGAUGUUGUCAUGCCUUGCUUUAAAUAUAUGGUCUGUCAGACAUCUCCGGUUGGCCCAGGCAUAUGUAUCAAAUGCAUUCUUUACAUCUGGUUUUGAUGAAUCUACCAUUCUGUCCAACAUAAACUUUGCAGGGGACUAGUAUAUACCUGCGACUUUUAGGCCCAACUAGUCAGAGAAUGGGAGUAUUUUUCAUUACCAGGAUGUGAAUGGCUUGAUGUUGUGUUUAGCAAGGAGCCUUCUGAUUUUGUUCAAGACUGUUUGAAAUGGUAUUAUCACUAUGCCUGCCAGCUUCUCCAGUUAUAUCUUUGGCCUCUCUUCUGGAACAAAGGCUCACUUAACAUCAAGGUUACUGUGUGUAUUUUGUCUAAGAGUCCUUUUCAGGUGGCUGAUUUCCUUGUCUAGUCUUUCCACAUUGCAUAUAGUCCUUGCCUGUUGAAUGAGCAUCUUUAACAUAAAUUGCUUCUGUGGUGGCUAUUAGUCAGACUUGGUGUGUAAUUACAGGUCCAUAUGUGUUAUUUCCAAUAUACAGUGUGUCCCAGUGAAUCAUCCAGUCUUCUACUUAUUGAAAUGCUGCUGUCUCUUUAUCUAAGAAAGAGCCAUUCUAAAGAAAUGUGUGGUGGAAGGACCUGCUUGUUGAGAGUUAUGGCCUGUUGUGACAGCAACAGCAAUAUUUCUUCCUAAGGAACUUUAUUAAAUAGUAAAGCCAUGUCAAAAUUCACCAAGUGUGUGCAAGAACACUUGAUUCCACCCACUAGCCCCCAAUUGCUUACAUUCAAAUUCACACAUGGGAUCUCGGUAGCUAUACAUGUGAAAUGGUCUGGACACAGUUACAUCAUAGCCCUGAUGGUGGGGACAUAUAUGGUUCCUGAAACACUGGUUAUUUUAUCCAUUUGACUGGCUUAUGUCCUGAGAAUAUAUUAUUAUUGGUAGUCACCAUAAAAGAUUUAGAUCAUAAAUCAGGAACUUUUCAAAAGAGCAGUGUUAGAUCUGUUAGAACAUAGUCUUCUUCCCUGCUUUCUUAGACAAUUAUAUUGAAAAUUUUUGACCGAAUGUACCAAUUCAGUAUUGUUAAUCCAGUUGUUUAUAUAGGUUCAAUGUAAAUGAGUUUUGGAUACAAAUCUAUGCACUACACAUCUUAUUUUAUAUUAAUGUUCUUUUCAUAUGAAGGUAAAACCAUUCUCAUUGUGAUAUGUGUACAAAUUUAGUAGCAAUACUGUUUAAAUAUACUUUGAUAUGAUGUUAAUUUAUUGUGAGCUUAUUGUGAAUGUGCUUGAAAACACACAGAAGUAUUACAUCAGCUGAGGAAAGUGAAUUAUGGCUUUAUUUUUUGUCUAAGGAUCUGAUGUUUUAAUAGUGGAGAUGAUGAAAUAUCCUGGAUCCCCUCAAAAUAUCAGUAUCCCUCUCCUAUCUCUUCUUAUAGAAAAAUGUUGGAGUUAUUUUUGCCAGAGAGAAAAAUUACUUCUGUGUCAGAUCAUUUAAUACAAUAUGAUGUUUACAGAGUCAGUGCUUUCUGUUGAUUAAUAUAUGUUAAAAAAUGGAAGUUCAAAUUAAAAUAUGUAAAUCUUAUGAUAAAAUUAAAUUAAAAUGAGUUAAUUGAAA